GAAAUAUCGCAGAAAGUAAUUUUCAUUGAAAAACACUUUGUAACUCUUUGUCUUCUUAGAUAGAUCUAGGAAUGGUAAGUUCACACCUGUGUACAUUACCCAGUUCCAGUACCAAAGGAAAAAAAAGAUAGAAGGACAUUUUUAGAUUUACCUUAUAAACGUUGCUUGAAUCAUCGUUUGAAAACACUGUUAUUCUUUAUAAAUUCAACAAAAUAUAUCUUGUGUAAAGAAUUCUUUCAUCAUAUUGACAUGUGAAUUAAUAGUAUAUAUUUUGAUAAGGCGCAUGAACCUUCUGUCUUGUUUGUGGAAUGAAUAUUUAUCGGUAAACAUAGUUCUUAUCUUACAUGUUCCCUAAAAAGUCUUCGCCUUCUUAUCGUUAAACAUUUUAAAAUUACCAUCAAAAUGUUUAAGGUAUUUGUAAUUGUUUCUACAUUUUGCACUACAACGUGGGCACUUCAUUUUGAAAAUUGCGGGACUAGUCCUUUCAGCACGGCAUACAUUUGGCUCAACUUUGACAUGUACCCGUUGCCAAUCAUAUUUCCGGAUGAACUGCACAUGCGCGUGAAUAUAAGAAUCCUGAGAAACUUAACCAGUCCAGUCAUUGACACUGAGCUAACCAAGGUGGAUUCUUUAACCGGCAAUAUGACACAAGUUCCCUGCAUUCAAGGCACUUACAUCGGAACUUGUCGGAAUAUUGACCUGUGUACGAUGAACAAUAACAUUGUCAGCACGGACCCACCCAGCUUCCAGGAACAAAUAGACGCAAUCGUCACCACACUGUUGGGCGGACAUAAAGGGUGCCCUAUACUAGCUACGCGAAGCACGGAUAAAGAUGUUACCAUUAAAUUGCACCCACUGUCCAGCUCUCUCCACAAAAUAUUACACGGUGACUACAUGCUGAAACUCAUUGUCAAGGAAAAUCCAGCAUCUAAAGAUAAUAUUGGCUGUAUAAGGUUCAAUUUCUCUGUCGCCAGCGGCCCGCCUACUCCUCCUCCUACAGUCACGCCUUCACCAACAACAACUGUAGGCGCACCACUUGAUCCUGAUCAUAUUGUUGGUUAGAUAAAUAUAGGAUUUCCUGGUGAGUUUCAAUAAAAUAAGCUGUAUACGUUGUUGUUGUUUUAUACUGUGGCUAUUUUUGCUACUAGUAGAACAUCAAAAAGUAUAGAGACGGCCGACGCUUAAUACACACACUCACGGACGGACUGAAAGAAGAUAUGAGAUUUUCUUCUUUUUGUGUGGUAAUUUUCAAGUUAAUUUUUUAUAAAUAGAUAUAGAUUUUUGUAUUCAGGCAAACUAAAUUCAAGAAAUGUGUUGUCAUUCCACAGUAAGUUUUAUAAAAGAAGCUUUUUCGGUUUCUUAUCCCGUUUUCUUCCUGUUUAAAUCCACACCAUGUUUUUCAAUGGUCAAUACCUGAAUGUAUUUCCUAAACUCUGAACGAUUAAUACCUGUUAUCAUUUCUUCUGAAAAAAAUUGAGUGAUAUCAGACCGAAUCAUAGCAAAUUGUACUGGUCAAUAAUUUUGCAAAUUUUCAUAAGGUUACGAUCUUUUAGACUAUUUGGAGUAGAAUGGAUUCCGAGAUAAUUUCUGGAGAAAGUAUUAGUUAGAUAUUUCAUGUAUAUUAACUGCAAAAUCUCUACUUGAAAAAAAGGAAAUGUAUUUAAGUGACUUUACUGUCAGCGUAGAUUCAAAAUUUUAUCUUUGAAUAUUUAGAAAAAAGAAAAGAUCCACGAAUAAAACAAUGUUCUGUAUGAAAAUAA